AUGGCAGACACCUCUUCUCCAUACCUCGAUACCGCCGCCUUCCUCUCCGACGACUUCAAUCCCUCGGCAUACGCCAACAAACUCGUCCUCGACACCAACAACCCCACCGACACACCUCUAGAUCUGAGCACACCUCUCUCCAAAGUCCUCUUCGACGUUCAAGAAGUCGAUACCCACAUCGACACCCUCACUACCCAGAAUGCGCUCCCAAUCGUGUCACAUGCCCGCGAGCGCAACGAUGCAGCGACCAGAGUGCUUGAAACUGUGGAAGAACAGGUCAAUACUUUGAGCGAGAGCUACAAGCGGCUGGAAAGGGAAGUGGGAGAGCGGUAUGAAGCUGCUGAGCAGGUGCGACUUGCGGCAGAAAACAUGGUCAAGACGUUGAGGCUGGGUCGCGCGGUUCAAAGGGUAGUACAGCUGGGACGAAGGUUGGAAGAGGAAAUGGAUAUGGUCAGCAGUCCUGCUAGCAAGGAGAGAGUAUCUGGGCAUAGGGCUAUGGUGCCGGCUGCGAGGACUGUGCUCGAGCUUAGGAGUGUGUUCACUGGGGAGGAAGGAAGUGAGGUGGGAAGGGUCAACGCCGCGCAAAGUGUGAGGCAGGAUCUGGGAACACCAAGUGAGAGGAGCUUGAUCACUCGUGCGCAAGGCGUGGUGAGGGAGUUCAGCAUGAGCUCGCUGCUGAAUGCGGGAGGGAAUGAGAAGACGUUCGCGCAGGCAGAGGAGACGAAGGAGAGGGCAAAGAGUGCAAUGCAGACGUUGUGGCUGCUGAGUCCCAUGAAGAAAGACACGACUGUUGUGACAUUCGACCCGAGUCUGCUGCUACAAGCAUUACAAUCAUAUCUACAGACUGCGAUCACUUCCUCAGUCGCAGCAAUUGCAAGAGCCCUCGCGACACUACCAACCCUCGAUCGAGCACUCCUCGAAACCUCAGCACGGUGUCAGAACAUCAUCGCUCUUGAGAGCCUCCUCGAGAACAUCAAGCCUCCCACUCAUCCACUCCUCCAAUCGUCCACGUCCACGAAUACAACCAUCGAUCAGAACUUCCUCCAACCUCUGCUACGACACCUGGACACAUCAUCCCUACCAUCUUUCUUCUGGCGCAGUAUGGCUAGUCAGAUGACAUCGCGCGUGCAAGAGUUCAUGUCUCGGGGUGGCGUCAGUGCGAGAACACUACGGACGAACAAGGACAGAGUACGUGAUGCGAUACGGGAGGGUGUCGAUCGUGGGUAUAGAGGAACGAGGGAUAAGGGUGGGAAGACGCAAGCUAGUUGGGAGAGAGAAGCUGCGGUGAUGGUGAGCAGUGUUGUUGGGCCGCUGGGAAGGUGA